CCUCGUGUGCUGUACAUUUUAAGUUUAAUUGAAUAUUGUUUUUUCAGCACUGCAUUAUUUCUGCAGCUGUUUGAGAUUCGUUUUCAGUUGGUGCAGACAGGACUCUUGACACAUUGUAUUGCAUUUCAAGAAGAAAAGAGAACGAAAGAAACUCCGUGAUCAGGAGCGAGCUGCAGAAGAGGGUGAGGAAGAGGUACCACUGCCACCGAGGAAUCCUUGUCCAAAACACGUGACCAGGCCUGGCACAGUAUGAAGGAUUGUUUGAGAAAUAUUAUUUUAAAUUAUAUUAUUAAGUGGAGUUUGACAGAAAUUCUGUUGCAAAAUGUGGUGCUCUCUGCCAAUGGAUAGGACACAGAAAGCAUAGAGGGCCAUGUCGUGGAGAUGCAGAAAGAACUCUGCAAGAUGAGGUCCAACAUGGCCUGUGUUGCAGACGAAAUGACAAGAACCUUCGCCUCAUAGAGACUCUGGGCAACUACUGACGCAGCCAUCGUCUCCAUGUACCCAGCAUACCAGUAUGGUACCAUCCUGCAGCAGCAUUUCACUGCAGCUACAACAAAAACAAUCAACGACAGCCUCACAGCUGCCCUGGCAAAAAGUAGCCUCCGGAUCCUGGAGGCUGCUACAGGCAAGCGUCACCUUGGCAAAUUUUUUCAAAACCUCGACGGUAGGAUCGCCAUGGACGACGCCGGUCCAUCUGAAGAAAUGCAGGAAGACCAGGUAUUUCCAGAGUGUUUGCCAGUCGAGGGACGCACCUCAAGAACAGGACAUGAAAGAGAUCCGGGAGGUCAUAAAUCAUGACGUCAUACCUCUCAAGGUCACGACGGACAGCAAGCACCUCAGCAUAUUUGUUGAUCUGGAUGUCGAAAGAGCGAGUCUGCGCUUUUCGGUAGACACAGGCUCGUCAGUGUCCAUACUCGCCGAGAACGUUCAUCGGCAAUGGUUUUGCGAUCGACUGACUCUGGCAUCACCGUCUGUCACCCUUAUGUGGUGGCAAAGGGGACGACCCUCAUCGGCCUAGAUGCAACCUGCAAUUUACAGCUUCAGAUUUUUUUGAGCAACCUUGCAGUGUCUGCACACAAGAACCGAUAAGGGCCCGCUUCCAGCUUUCGUUUUCCGAAUAACGAGAAAGCCCUGCUCUCGGAGCAAGCUCCAAAGUACAAACUGCUUGAAAACAAGCACAGAAACAAGGCGACAGCGGAGGUGAAGGCGGAGUAGGCUGCCCUGACCGUGGAGUUCAACAGCACACUUGGGUUCAACAAGCAGGAAGAGCCACAGCUCAAGAAGUGUUGGGACAAUCUGAAGACAAAUAAAAAAAAAAAGAAGGCCAUUGAAAACCAGAAUUGCAUUGCAACAGGUAAGUUACCUUUCAAAACUAGGUAUGUUAAAGCAACAGUACAUGCGAGCUGCUUACAUUGUCACUGUGAACUCUGGAGCGAGAAACUGUCUUCAGAGCUCUGCAUUUGUACUUCGUCCAUAUUUUCUUCCCUUCGGGGUUUACGGCAUAAAGUUUUCUGUGUUCGCUACCGAAACCAUAGCGACCGAUUGACACUGGUACUGUGAUGAGAAUGGAGGUGAGAGACAGUUAGGUUACACCAGAAACUUUGCUGUUGAACACCAGACCAGGGGCCCUAAGCUGGACACUCGGCGCAAAACUCGGCGAGGCGCUGACUAUUCUGAAUGGCAGGCACCACGACUGACCUUGGGGCCGGAAACUCCCUAGACUCCGACGUCAACUUGGGAACCUCGAUCUCGUCGGCAAAAUCUCCAGACGUCAUUCUGAUGUCACGGGGACUUGCCGCGAGAUGGAAAAGCACGCCCAGUCGGAGGGGGGCGAACAGUGGAGAGUUCGAGCGAGAAGCAAAAAUGGUGGCAUACGAGUUGUUGUACUUGUGGUAUCGCCGACGACGGCGUUUUUUCAUGCACGUCAACGCGUUCGGAAUGGACGACAACGAG